AUCACCUCCCUUGCUCUCCUCUUCGACCACAACCUCCUCCAUACGCAACACAGGUGCUCACUAUGUUCCGCUCUGCUGUGUGUGCCACGAAACAAACAACGUCUGCCCUACGCCAGAGUGCGUCUGUGGCGCCGAGGAUCGCUACACGGCAGUUCUCUCGCUCACAUGUCGUCUCAUCCGAGGCGAAGCCUACGUCUCUAGACACCUUCACGGAAGAGGAGCAGAUGCUUCGGGAGUCCGUCAGGAGGUUCGCGGAGGACGUAGUUGGACCUAAGGUCCGAGAGAUGGACGAGAACGAGAUGAUGGAUCCUGCGGUCAUCAAGGGUCUCUUCGAGCAGGGGUUGAUGGGCAUUGAGACGAGCGGUGAUCAUGGCGGCGCAGAAAUGUCGUUCACCUCUGCUAUCAUCGCUAUCGAGGAGCUCGCACGAGUGGACCCUUCGGUGUCGGUAUUGUGCGACGUACACAAUACCCUUGUUAACACGGUUGUCCGCAAGUAUGGCUCCAAGGAGCAGCAGGACAAGUGGUUGCCCAAGCUGGCGGAGUCUUCGCUCGGCUCGUUCUGCCUCUCGGAGCCCGCAUCCGGUUCGGACGCGUUUGCUCUGCAGACACGCGCAAAGAAGGACGGCGACCACUGGAUCUUGAACGGCACCAAGAUGUGGAUCACUAAUUCAUAUGAGGCAGACUUCUUCCUCAUCUUUGCCAACAUUGACCCAAGCAAAGGCUACAAGGGUAUCACCUGCUUCAUCGCGACCAAGGACAUGGGCAUCAAGAUCGCGAAGAAGGAGCAGAAGCUCGGAAUCCGCGCCUCCUCGACAUGUUCGCUGGCCUUCGAUGAUCUGCGCAUACCUGCGGAGAACGUCAUCGGUGGCGAGGGCAAGGGCUACAAGAUUGCUAUCGAGAUUCUCAACGAAGGGCGCAUCGGUAUCGCUGCGCAAAUGCUCGGUCUGGCGCAAGGUGCAUUCGACAAGGCGGUGCCGUACACCUUCCAACGUUCGCAGUUUGGCAAGCCCGUCGCGACGUUCCAGGGUAUGGCAUUCCAGCAGGCAGAGGCGGCGAUCGAGCUCGAGGCGGCACGCUUGCUGACGUACAACGCGGCGCGGCGCAAGGAGGAGGGCCUGGACUUCGUCCGGGAGGCAGCGAUUGCGAAGUACUACGCGAGUCAGGUCGCGCAGAAGGUCUCGGGCGCUGCGAUCGAGUGGGCGGGCGGUGUCGGAUUCACGAGGGAGACGGGCAUCGAGAAGUACUGGCGAGACUCGAAGAUCGGUGCGAUUUACGAGGGGACGUCGAACAUCCAGCUACAGACCAUCGCGAAGUUCAUCCAGAAGCAGUAUUCAUAGCCUGUAAGGAUGGAUUCCAGUAUUGCGGGAGGAUAUACAACAGUCUAUUUCUC